AUCCAGUCCAGAUGUAUUUGAAUCCCGUAUGGAAAAAAGAAAUGAAGUGAAACAGCAGCCCCUGGGAUAUUCUAAGCAAGGAGAGUUUGUCAGAUGCAUGGAGGAAAAGGCAGAAGGCUUGGGCACAAAGACAUCAAAGGGAGGAUUCACAAAGGAUAAGACUCUUGAUUCGAUUCUUAAUGUUGAGAUGGUGAAAGAUAAAUCAGCGGAGGAGAUAAAACAGAUUUGGAAUCAGUAUUUUGCUGCAAAAGAUACGGUUUAUGCUGUUAUUCCUGCAGAGAAGUUUGACUUACUAUGGAGGAGAGCCCAGAAAUGUCCAUCGUUUCUGUAUGCUUUGCCAAGAAAAGAAGGCUAUGAGUUCUUUGUGGGGCAGUGGUCAGGAACAGAAUUACACUUCACAUCGCUAAUAAACAUUCAGACUCAAGGUGAAACUGCUCCUAGCCAGUUGGUCUUGUACCAUUAUCCUGAGCUGCAGAAGGAAAAAGGGAUAGUAUUAAUGACAGCAGAAAUGGACUCAAAGUUCUUGGUGGUCCAUGAAGCACAGUGCUUGGCGAAUCAGGUGCAGCUUUUCUAUGCGACAGAUCGUUCCGAGACCUUCGAAUUAGUGGAGACCUUCAACCACAGAUCUAAUGAAUUUAAAUACAUGUCAGUUAUAGCAGAGCUGGAGCAAAGUGGACUUGGAAGAGAACUGAGACCUGGUCAGGUUUCUGACAAGUCAUAGAGCCUGACCUGUGGGUGAAGCAAGCCAGGAACAGGCAGAGGGUUUCCCAGACGGGAUGGUCCUGUCUCUCUUGUUUUACAGAUUUGGUUUGGCUGCAGAAAGGAUUUGGAGACAUCCUACGACUGUGAUAGACAAGCCUGUCUGGCACUGAUGCAAGAUGAGGACUUGGGCCAUUUGAACGACAAUAACUAAUUACCAAAAUGGAGCCUGUAUGUCAGUGUAACUUCAUCAGAACGAGCCAUUUUCCCAUCCUGAAACUUACUGCUGUGUGCUGUAUUUUUGAAAUCUGAAAUAAAGUGACAGAAGGGGA